AUGGCACGAAGGCUCUGCCUCCAGCAUGUCUCCCGGGAGCCCGGAUCAUGGAAGCCACUCUGUCACAAAGGGCUCCAUGGUAACAGGGGGGCUGGGCUCCGGCCCACCAUCAGGGGUACAGAGAGUGGGGAGGGGCUGCCAAAAAGAUGCCAGGUGUGUGUUGGGUGCGGCAGAAGGAAGGCCGUGCCCACAGCUCAGGCCCACCAUCAAACGUCACCCUGCAAGUUCUCUGAGACGUCUUUUGAAAACCUCAACUGUGGCUUUCAAAAAGACUGUAAAAUCACUGUGCUCAGCUUGAAGAAUAAAAUCUUCAUUUUCAACCUUAAAGUGAAACUGGAGGGAAGAUUAAAAGCAGUCAUUUUUCAAACUGAAAAAGAAAACCCACAUGUGACCCCAUCACACAACAGGUCACGCAGCCCCGCCGUCCUCAGCUUCUCCUCCACCACCAGCAGCCCGUCAUCACAAGGCCUGCCCUGGGCUGGCAGGCGCAGGGGAAGCGGGCACACCAGGUCCUCCGUCCCCAGGCUGCGUGGGCUGCUUGCUCCACCUUCUUCCCAAAUUCAAGUGGCACUGAAAGAGCAUGGGCAAGCUGGGGAUUCUGAUCCGAAACACAACCGUGGGUACUAA